UCGCUUCAAUAAGAUCUUAACCAUCAAUGCUUUCGGUCAACAACAAUACCAAUAUAUGCCCAAGAAGAAAAGAGAAAACCAAAAGAAAACAAAAGCUGAAGAAAAGAGAAUGAGGUUGAACUAGAAAAGAUAAAGGAGGAACGGAAGUGAACCCUCACUAUAGACCACUUCCCUCUUCAACUUCACAUCUCUCUUUUUUUCACUGCUUUCCACGCUUCUCCCUGUUGUCUCCUUUUUCAUCGCCACCUCCUGACUUUCUUUUUUUUUUUGUCUCUUUGAACAAAGUUUCCUUCCCACACAUAUAAUCUCGCCCUGUACUCGCCCAUUCUUGCCAGCCUUAACCUGCAGAGCUUCUCCCACAAGCCAAAUCGUCAAUUUCUUUUGCAACUCCUAUCUCGUUUCUGAUCAAGAACCCACCAUCAGAAAGCCUUCCAAUCCACACCCACUUCUCAGUGUCCUUAACCUACAGACGCUCUCCUGAUAUUCCCGAGUCUUCUUUUACAGGAUUAGAAGUGUCAUCUAGAGUUAAAGGCAUAUAUCAGAACCUCUUUAGCUUCUCAUGGGAUCUGUGGGAAACCCAAAAACUUGGGUGCCAUUCACAUAUACAAACACAAGAGACUGUUCACAGGGCUUUUGCAGUUCAUACUGUCCACAAUGGUGUUACAUCGUCUUCCCGCCGCCACCGCCGCCACUCGAUUUCUCAGAUAGAAACUCUGGUCCUAGACUCUCCCCUCUUGUGAUUGCGGUAAUUGGAAUCAUGGCGAGCGCUCUCCUACUCGUGAGUUACUAUGUCUUAAUUUCGAAGUACUGCGGCAACACCGAGAAUAGGAGGAGAGAGGACCAGGAGCCCAAUGUACAAUUAGAAGAUGAUCACAACCCAGCGGUCCACGAGCCAUGGCAGAUUGAGACAAUUGGACUGGACGAGGCGGUGAUCAAGUCAAUCACAGUGUGCAAGUACAGGAAAGGUGUGGGGUUGAUCGAAGGGACUUGCUCGGUUUGUCUCAGUGAGUUCGACGAGGACGAAAGCAUAAGGCUUUUGCCCAAAUGCACACACGCGUUUCACAUCCCGUGCAUAGAUACAUGGCUCAAGUCCCACUCUUCUUGCCCCCUGUGUCGUUCCGACAUAGUUUUUGUCGGUGCUUCACCGGUUCAAUUACCUUCUCUGGCAGCUGAAAGUUAUCUGGGUGAUGGUAAUCGUUCUUCGGUGGGAAGCCAACAGGUAACUGAAAGUUCAGCUGAUGCACAAAUUUCAGAAAGGCUUGAAAAGGAAGAGGACAUAGCAAGCGUAAAUCCUGCAACUCGUAAGAGACCCUUUCGAGUUUUUAGUGAUCUGGGGUGCUGGGAGAACAGGCACACUGUAAUUGAGAUAGGUGAUGAAGGUGUCAGACGGAUAACGAGAUCCAUUUCAAUGGAUCAUUCAUGUCACCGGGUUACGGUUGCUGAUGUGAUUCUUCACCCAGAAGAAGAAGGCCUUCCUGUCGAAAAAUUCUUCAGUGAUGCAGGAUCAUCAGAGCCUUUAAACAGGUCUGGCCGCACUAGAAAGCUCUUGGAUUGUCUGAUCGGUCCGGCCUCAAUGAAAAGAUCGUUUUCAAGCGGGAGACUGCUGCUGGGCAGACAAGAAAUUGUAAAAUCUGCAACCAUUCCUAAUUGAUAAUCUUCUCAAGAUAGAGUCUAAGUGAGUCGUCGAUUAGCUCUACUCUGCCUGAAGUAAAAUUUUAAUGGUCAUGACAUUGUGUUAAUUCAUUUCACCUGGUUAAGCAUAAUUUGGAGAUCCGACCACAAGAGGAAAUUUUGCAA